AUCCCCAGCCCCAGGAGCAAAUGAGAUGAAUUGUCGUGUUAUACCUGCUUAAAGGCGCCGCUGGUUUGUGUGAAAAGCUCAGCCUGCUCACGGGAUAGGUGAAAAUAAAUAUUUUUAUCCUUAGUAGAAAGUUUAAAAAGUGCCAAAUAGUUAAAGGAAGGGGGCAGAACUAAACGAUGAAUGAGGAGAAGAGUCUUUGAAUGUAAAGCUGACAAUCUGAGAGCGGAUUAGAUCCCACUGCGAGGAAUCAGAGCGUGUGCUGUUGUGAAAGAUGCGGAAACAACAUCAGAAGCAACAACAAUCUGGAUUUUGAAACACUGUGAUAUUUACAUGCACUGGCAGGAGGAUGUCUUGGCUCAGGAGAAGAGUGAAAAUUCUCCAGAUUGGACGCAAACACACUAAAGUUUUCUUUCUGGGACAGUUUCAGGGCUGUAAAUCGGAUGAUUUUUGCACCGUUCCUCGGAUCUAACGGGUUUGGUUUGGACCUGAAUCACCAUGUCAAAAGUCAUUCAGAGGAAGAACCACUGGAUCACCAAAGUAAACGAGUGCGCGGUCAUCCGGGACGCGUACGGAGAGCUGAAUGUAGAGCUGCGCGGCGGAGCUGAGAAUGGAGAGUUUCCAUACAUCGGGCAAGUUAAAGAGGAUGCUGUGCUUUAUCAGGACGGCAAACUUAGCGAAGGAGAACUGCUCUUGGAAGUCGAGAGGGUGUCUGUGUCUGGAUUACCACUGUAUGACAUUUUUACUGUGAUCAGUUGCUGCAAAGGUCCCGUAAGAUUGAAAACUGUGCGCCAAGGUCACAAGCUCAACAAGGAUCUGAAGCACUACCUGAGCUUGAGGUUUCAGAAGUCUUCCCCUGACCACGAACUGCAGAAAACAAUCCGAGCCAACUUGUAUCGUCAUGCUGUGCCUUGUACAACCCGCCCCCCUAGAGACGGAGAGGUCCCAGGGGUGGAUUACAAUUUCCUGUCUGUGGAGGAGUUCCUAGAACUUGAGGAGAGUGGCACGCUACUGGAAAUAGGAACAUAUGAAGGUAACUAUUAUGGGACCCCCAAGCCGCCAAGGCAGCCCAUCAUUGGGACAGUGAUUCUCAGUGAUGCAGGCUCCCAUCAGUCCACCCCAACACGCACCAAGUCCUACAAUGACAUGCAAAACGCCCGCGUAGUGCCUGCUGACGACGACGAUGACGACCAGGCCACGGAAAUGAACAACAGUUUUACAGGUAACCCUAACGACCAGGAUGAGAGCCGCAGCGGCAUUCUCCGGCCGUACCCUGCACGUGACAGUGCUCUAUCCUGUGGUCUGAACAAUGCGGCCACCUCUACCGCAGAAAGCGGGCAGCAAACCCUUGCAGAACCGCAGGUCUCUCCAGAAGACCCGCUGGGACCACUGCCUGAAAACUGGGAGAUGGCCUAUACUGAGAAUGGGGAACUUUACUUCAUAGACCACAAUACAAAGACCACAUCAUGGCUGGAUCCUCGGUGUAGAGACAGAACCUCCAGACCGCUGGAAGAGUGUGACGAUGAUGAAGAAGGGAUACAUACAGAAGACCUGGAGAGUGAUCUAGAGCUGCCUCCAGGAUGGGAGAGGAUAGAUGACCCAGUGUAUGGGGUGUACUAUGUAGAUCAUAUAAACAGGAAGACUCAAUAUGAGAACCCGGUGGUGGAGGCGCGGCGUCGAAAAAUCCUUGAGCAGCAGCAACAGCCGCAGCCUCCAGAAGGUGAGCGGUAUAUUCGAGAGUGGAUAGAGGAGCACUCCUCUGCAGCAGCUCCACUGGCAAACUACGCACCAAACCAUCUGGAGACCUACAGGGAACCACAGGUCCCACCAACUCUACCUCCUGGCCCUACAGGAGUCAAACGGGGGAAACCUUUCUUUACAAGAAACCCAGCAGAGCUGAAAGGAACCUUUAUCAACACGAAGCUGAAGAAAAGCUGCCGCGGCUUCGGUUUUACUGUGGUUGGAGGAGACGAGCCAGAUGAGUUUCUACAGAUCAAAAGUCUAGUGCUGGAUGGGCCUGCAGCUUUGGAUGGCAAGAUGGAGACAGGUGAUGUCAUAGUCAGUGUGAAUGACACCAUUGUGCUGGGCUACACCCAUGCUCAGGUUGUGAAGAUCUUCCAAUCCAUCCCAAUCGGCUCCAUGGUCGAUCUGUCUUUAUGUCGUGGCUACCCGCUGCCCUUUGACCCUGAUGACCCCAACACUAGCCUGGUGACCUCGGUCGCAAUAUUGGACAAAGAGCCUAUCAUCGUCAAUGGACAGGAAACGUUUGACCCGCCUUCCAACCAGGCCGGACCCAUUAACGGCUUGCGUGAGCCACGGCCGCACAGCCCGUCAGCCGAGGUGGCGUCUAACGGCUCACACGGCUACACCAGCGAUGUGGUCACCUUGGCCUCGUCCAUAGCCACCCAGCCCGAGCUCAUCACUAUCCACAUGGAGAAGGGAGACAAAGGUUUUGGCUUCACCAUUGCUGACAGCCUGACCGGGGGAGGUCAGCGGGUCAAACAAAUAGUGGACUAUCCGCGGUGCCGUGGCCUAAAGGAGGGAGAUAUUCUGAUGGAGGUCAACAAAAGAAAUGUCCAAAAUAUGAGUCACAACCAGGUGGUGGACCUGCUGAGCAAAUGUCCCAGAGGCAGCGAGGUCACUAUGCUGGUGCAAAGAGGAGUGGUGCCAGCCAAAAGGAGUCCAAAGCUGGUGCACCAGCUAGAAAGAAAAGACAGCCAGAGCAGCUCCCAGCACAGUGUGUGCAGUCAUCGCAGCACCCACACUGAUUCUCCCAGCCACCCACCCUCUGUCAUGCCCAGUGAGGCAGUGGUUCCCACUCCUGCUGCCCCCACCCAGCCCCUGCCAGGUCUGCCCCCUCAGGAUCCCGCAGAUGGCACCCUCACCCUCCAGAAGAAGCCAGACCCCUUUAAGAUCUGGGCACAGUCCAGGAGCAUGUACGAGAGUCGACUGCCAGAUUGCCAGGAGCAGGACAUUUUCCUUUGGCGGAAGGAUACAGGCUUUGGCUUUCGCAUAUUGGGAGGAAAUGAGCCUGGGGAGCCUAUCUACAUAGGGCACAUAGUAAAGUACGGGGCAGCAGAUGAGGAUGGUCGCCUGCGGUCGGGCGAUGAGCUCAUCUGUGUGGACGGCACAGCAGUAGUGGGCAAGUCUCACCAGCUGGUGGUGCAGCUGAUGCAGCAGGCCGCCAAACAGGGUCAUGUCAACCUCACUGUCAGACGCAAGAGCCCUGGAUAUGGAGUUUCAAAAGGAGAAGGUGAUGUCCCUCCAUCACCGGCUUCCUCCCACCACAGCAGCACCCAGGCACCGAGUCUAACAGAGGGCAAGCGGACCCCGCAGGGGAGCCAGAACUCACUCAACACAGUCAGUUCUGGAAGUGGAUCUACCAGCGGCAUCGGCAGUGGUGGCGGAGGAGGCAGCGGUAGCGCAGUAGUGCCGGCCUCCCUGCAACCGUACGAUGUGGAGAUCCAACGAGGAGAGAACGAGGGAUUCGGUUUUGUCAUCGUGUCAUCAGUUUCCAGGCCCGAUGCUGGAACCACCUUUGCUGGAAAUGCUUGUGUGGCCAUGCCCCACAAAAUAGGACGCAUCAUUGAGGGCAGCCCGGCGGACCGCUGCGGGAAGCUGAAAGUCGGGGACCGAAUACUGGCCGUUAACGGCUGCUCCAUCACCAACAAGUCGCACUCUGACAUCGUCAACCUGAUCAAGGAAGCCGGGAACACAGUCUCGCUCAGGAUCAUCCCCGGUGAUGAAUCUUCCAAUGCUUCUCUGCUGACAAACGCUGAGAAGAUCGCCACUAUCACCACCACACACACACCUCAGUCUGCAGAGUCCCGGAAUAACCCAAAGUCAAAAGGAGCUCCACCUCCUCCUCCCACACAAUCUCUGACCACACAGGAUGCAGAGUUCUACUCUGUGGACCUCGAGCGAGACAGUAAAGGUUUUGGCUUCAGCUUGAGAGGCGGCCGGGAGUACAACAUGGACCUAUAUGUGUUAAGACUGGCAGAGGACGGGGCUGCUGUAAGAAAUGGCAAGAUGAGGGUGGGAGAUGAGAUUUUGGAGAUUAAUGGUGAGAGCACAAAGAACAUGAAGCACUCACGUGCCAUCGAACUGAUCAAGAAUGGUGGUCGGAGGGCACGGCUCGUCCUCAAACGGGGAGAUGGAUCUGUACCUGAAUAUGACGGCAGCAAUGACGGGCACCCUUCCGCACCCGGGGCACAAAACACUCCGGAAGUGAGAACGCUGCCACCCAAAAGCCGAUAUCACACCUCAUUGGAGUCCAGUUAUCCACCAGAACUUCACAAACCAUCACGCCAGGAGGAGGCUGUGCGUGGCCGAGACAUGGACAGGAACAGGGACAGGGCUGGGUCAAAUCAGAUGGACUACCAAGGCUGGCAAUUUAAACCCCAUCAUCAUCACACCUGGAAUAACAAUCACAGUCAAAGUUCCCCCAGACAGCAGUCUCCUGACAACAGCAACAGCAGUAGCAAUGGCAACAAGAAGAGCCGGGGCCGCAAAGUCAAGAAGUCUGAGUCGGAGAGCGGCAUCUCUAAACUCCUAAAGACUCUGAGGAAGGACAACUCGGGGAAAAAAGCUGCAGCUGCCGAGAAACUGAGGGAGCGAGAGCUCUCAAAUAGCAGUUCUACUCUGGACGGGAGAUUUCGUCCGCAGCGCCGCGGCUCCCUCGACCGCUCACCGACCCGAAAGCGUGCCUCGUCCCCUGAUCACCGGCGGGCCAAAUCGAUGGACCGCAGGGCAGAGCGAGCACAUCGAGACCGUACACCUGAGAGGGAUUACGAUGAUGGAGGGUUCCUCGCAGUCACCCCCGAUCGGAAGUACAAUGAGCGGAGGCUUCUCAAGGACUCACAGAUGACUGGGCAAGUCAGGGAGUUUACCACCCCCGAGCGCACCAACAACAAAGGGGAUUCCUUUUCUCAAGCCAGGGGCCGCACAUACGACAGAGCCACAAAGAACGGCAACCUUCUGCGAGACUCUUCCUCGGAGAGGAGAGAGGAGAGACAUCGGACAAACGGGAAAAUGGAGAGACUAUACAGAGUUGAGCGAGACUCUUCCCCUGACAGCACCUACAGCCGGGAUGAGCUGAACUAUGCAGCCGCACCAAGACUAAAAGACUACUACAGCAUGAUGAAGAACAACGCUGCACACAAUAACGCUGCCUUCAACAACACCGGCCACAACAAUAACGCAGUAGGCCGCAGCCCGAACCAGCUCCCUGAGCCCAAAAGAAGGCUGUACAAAGAAAGCCCGAAAGACCUCAGCAUCUAGAGCAGAGCAGAGAUCCCCCUCACCACUCUCUCUAUCUGUGCAAACUAUGUACCAUACACUGGAAUUGGACUUCUAAGGAUACUAACUCUCGUGCUUUAUUUGGUCGAAUGGUUUGAUUUGAUUGACUUUACUACUUGUGAUCCCAUCCAGAGAUUCAUAAAACAGCAGGAGUACAAUCCUAUCAGUUCACACUGUUUUUGUCAUUGUUUUGGUUAUUUUGAGCAUAACAAAGGUUGUUGUACUAUAGUAAAGGUAUUGUAUGUGCCUGCAUAUGAAAUCAGUGAUAUUGCUUUUUUGUAGGCAUUGCUGACUCUAAAUAUUUGUUCCCUCAGAGGUAUGAAACAUGCUUCCAAUUGUGGUAACUACUAAGCUUGUUUUCAACUUGUUUUUAGAUGUCUUUAUCCAUUCCUGAAUUGCUUAAAAAAAAAAAAAAACUAUAGCACAAGACACUGAUGGUUCACGAGAACUGUGAAAAUGGACUUUGCAAAAAUCUAAAUGUUAAGAUUUGAUGGUGAAACUAGAAUGAUAAUUAGAUAAUUAAUAUAUGACAUUUUUGCAUUUGCUCACUAUUUAUUUUUGAUUCGGCACAUAUCUCCAGUAAGAGUCAUUCGGUCUUUUAUUAAGGACCAAGGUAAAAGUAUACAAUGUACUUGGAAAUGCAUGCAGAGGCAGCGUAACCUCUUUUGCCUAAAUACACGCUUCCAAAACUAACGAAUUAUGUGAAAAUUGGCAAUGCUAUUAUUAGAUUCCCCCUGGAGAAGGAUUAAGGAGGAAAAAAACUGUGUGUACUGAUGCGAUGGGAAGGAGCUCGACUCGCUUUCAGCUACAGGCAACAAUGUUCUCUGUUGUGGAAAAAUGUAAUUUCACCUUACACGAGUCUGCAUUAUGCCAUAAUACCAGCCGAAGCUGCCAUGAAAUAUGAUUUUUGAGAUAUGCCAAAAAAAAGUAAAUAAAUAUGUAAAUUAUCCCUGUGCAAGAUGCAUGUGUAAAUUAAAAUGUAGUGUGAUCACUUUAUUUGAUGGGUCUGAGUGAGAAUAAUUGAUAAAGGAACAUGCACUGUAAUCCCACAGUAACUUUAAGCCCUGUCCUCAUGUUUAUUACAAGCACGUUUGUGCACCGACCACCUCCUGGGUACAGAGGCACAGAGCCGAUGUGGUUACGUGUGUCGGUAACAUGGAGAUUCCCGGUACAGGGGACAACUGAUCUGCCAUGCUGAGCCAUGCUGUCAUGCCACUGGAAUCUGACUGCUGCUUUUUACUGUUGUUUUGUGUGUAUUCUCUGUUUUAUGUUUCAAUUACAAACUAAAACUAUAUUGGGAGGAGGGGGGAGAACCACAACAAAUGCAUUGUUUAAUCACCAUUGUCACCAUGGUACUGUAUUUAACAAAAAAGGAGAAAAAAAAGAAGCGCAUCUGAGAAGUUAACCUGUUGGCCAUCACCUGUAAAGAUUUUUUUUCUCCAGUGUAACUACAAGGAACCUGUGGAGGAAUAAAAUGUUGCCUUUUUCUUGUACAAAAGAGAAAUUUAUGAAAACCCUCAGCAGUGAGGAAUGUGACAUUGUGUUUAUAUCUCUUAAGUGGACCUGAUGAUUUGUGGGGAAAUAUGUUGAUUUACUCUGGAUCAGGUAUGUAAAGACAUUUUAAAAUGAAAGACUGUAUGUGGUCAAUCAGAAACUGUUUAAUGGUUUGAAUCUCUCUCAAUGGUUAGCCUGCCUUUGUAUUAUAAAGCACUUGUAUGCAGUCUGUGUUCUUCAAGCAUUAUUUCUUGCAACGUGCUCCAGACAUAAUGCUGUCUCUGUGUUGAUAAAAGCAGUACAUGUAUAUGGGCCAAUCUUUUUUAUAUAACUAUGCAUAUAUAAAUACUACAUUGUUCAUAGCUUUAUUUGACCCAUGAAGCUAUACAUAACAUUAGUCAAAGUACAAGUAGAUGUGGACUUAUCCAGCUUCUUUCCUUGAGAUGGAUUACAAUGUAUAUGUAGCUAUCAAAAGAAGUCUGUGAAUGCUAUUUUUAUUAUCAAAUAAAGUUUUCCAUACAAAUUCAAAA